AUGGAAGAACUAGGAUAUAUUUUCGCAGGUCUCAUUGAAAAAUAUAGUAGAAUUGGAUUAUAUUAUUGUAGAAUGAAAGAACUUCAAAAAUGGCGAGGUUUUAAGGAAAAAUAUUUAAUUUGUGAAGUACAUUAUAAUCAGUUUUUUGUUAAUCCUCAGUUUUAUGAGUCUCUUGUAGGUUCCUCAGAAACUAUUCAACAAGAAAAUCAGCAAAUAUCGCAAUUAAUAAUAGAUCUCAACAGUCAAAUUAAACAAAUAUGUCAGUAUCUCAAAGAUCAAAGAAAUGAACUAGAAGAAUUAAAAAAGCAACUACAAGGGUCCCAUGAAGGUAUAAUUGUGAUGCAAAAUUUGUAUGAAAAGGUAUAUCAAAGUAAUCAAGUUCUUACUGAGCAGUGGAAUUCAAGGUUUGCUAGUCAGCAAAAACGUAUAGAUACAAUUAUUGAAAUAGCUAAAGCAGAACAUGUAUCAUUAUUAAAUGAUAUAGAUUUAUUGAUUCAAAAUAAUAGUAGGUUUUUUUUAGAUAAUCUUAUGGUAUAUAGCCCAUGGGAAUGGCUCAAUGGUCGUAAUAAAGUUAUUGUCAAGUUUGUUGAGACUUUAGUUCAGAAUAAUUACGCUACUGAUAUCUUAAGUCUAAAAAAAUUUUUCAAAGCCGUUGUCAUUGUUAAUUCAAUUUAUAGGGCUCAGCAUAGAAAAUAUGUGUCGGAAAUUCAUCUUGCUGCCUCGGCUAUUAAAUAUAUAGUUGCACGAUCAAAGAUAGUUAUUAAUAUAGAUAAUUAUAUAACAAGUUGUGGAAGUUAUAAUCGAUUUCUAAAGUGGCAAAAUGAACUAUCAAAACAAAAAGAACUGUUACCUGAAGGUCUUUUAUUUCUCGCAUUUGACAAUGAGCAAAAAGGACAGAAGAAUUAUUUAGAUCGAGAGUUUAAUAUGGUUACUUACCAUAUAGUAACCAGUUUUGUUGCUUUUAAUAUGUCAUUAGAAAACAAGAUUCAAUAUACUAAUUCAUCUUGGGCAUAUGAUUCUCUUAGUAAAUCACAGUUUGAUAAAAUUUUUAGUGUCAAUACCCAGAUGCAGGAAGUCAUUAAUGAGGAGUUAUAUUCUUAUCUUUCUGGGAUUCUAGAAUUAUUGUCAGAAGAAAAAUUAUCAUCUACUAAUGCUAUUGAUUCUUUUGUAGCCUGA